AUUGAAAAUAAUUAAUUAUUUUAAUUAUUUUCACAUUUUUAACGUGGGCUGAUCGGAUUUUUGGGGUCAUUCUCCCACCUGAAAAAAUAUCUCACUCACUCACCGUCUAUCAGUAUCAAUCUCCAAACCUGUCGCCCUUCUCCUCACUUCAGACCAGUUGUCGCCCCGCGUCCAGCUUCCGGUGACGUCGUCCCGCUGCUGCCGCUCGCCACAUUUUCAGUAGUGGUUCUGGAAAUGUCUGCUGAUAUUCACUUUCAUACGAUGAUAUGUUGUGAGACCCCUUAUGCCAUGCAUGAUGUAUGUUAGUUCAAUACUUCAAUUAGUGAAACUGUCCUCCUACCCGUAGCUAUGCACACAAUACAGAGGGUUGAUUGAAGCAUCGAAAUAGCAUACAAUGAGGCCUGAGAUCGUUCUAUUUGGGGAUUCUAUAACUGCACAAUCCUUUGGUUUAGGUGGAUGGGGAGCUGCGCUUGCUGACACUUACUCCCGAAAGGCCGAUGUCCUAGUUCGUGGUUAUGGCGGAUACAAUACUCGGUGGGCUUUAUUUUUACUUCAUCACAUUUUUCCCUUGAACCCAGAUUUGCUAGAACAUUGCAUUAUUGGUUCCCUAGAUACAUUGGAUGCAGGGUUUAGUGGCCCAAAACCGAUUUGCCUUCACCAAAAUGCCCCGUUGCUCGAAGCUCAGUUUACAAAUCAUCCCUCUUGCAGCAGGAGUUUCCAGCCUUGCUUCCAUCCCAAAAAUUCCCCGAAGGCCCCCAUUGUCGUGACAAUAUUCUUUGGGGCCAAUGAUGCGGCUAUUUUGGGGAGAACAAGUGAGAGACAACACGUACCUGAAGAGUAUAAGUAUAAUCUUAAAAAAAUGGUAAAUCAUUUGAAGGAGUACUCCCCAACGACGCUGGUGGUACUUAUUACUCCUCCUCCAGUUGAUGAGGAAGGGCGUAACGAAUAUGCACGAUCUCUCUAUGGUGAUAAAGCAAGGGAAUUGCCAGAGAGAACAAAUGAAGCAACGGGACUUUAUGCAAAAAAAUGCCUUGAACUAGCUAAAGAAAUAGGUCUUCACUCCAUUGAUUUGUGGUCCAAGAUGCAAGAAACGGAUGGUUGGCAGAAAAAAUUUCUCAGGGAUGGAUUGCAUUUCACACCAGAAGGCAAUGGAGUUUUGCACCAAGAAUUAGAGAUAGUACUGAAAGAAACAUCAGUUGCUGCUGAAAAAAUGCCUCUUGAUUUCCCACAUCACUCAAAGAUUGAUGGCAAAAACCCUGAAAAGGCCUUUCAAUAUCUUUCCUUGUGAUAUGAUCUCCCUUCCCUUGUAAUUUUUUGUUCAAAGUUCCCUAUUUGCAUUUUGAGCGUUGACCAUAAUCAUUUGUGUUGUUUAUGAGGUAAUGAUUCAAUUGACUAAGCAUGAGUGAAUAUAUUAAAUCCAAUCCGCUAAUAAUUGUAUUAAUUUAAACUCUAA